AUGAAAGAAUCGUGUUUAGAAUACUCUGAUCCUAGCAAUGAUACCAUUUAUGUAGCCAAAUUUGAUAAAAAGCGUUUAUGUUUCACAUUUCAAGGUGUUAACAAUGGAAUUUAUAAAACAUUAUUCCUAAGUGGAAAAUAUCGAGUUGAGCUAUGGGGAGCAAGUGCUGGAGAUACAAUUGGCCCUGGAUACAAUUAUCCCGGUGGCAAAGGUGGAUAUACUAGAGGUGAGAUUGAGUUGAGACAAGAAACCUUCUUUACUUUUUAUGUUGGAUCGAAAGGAGGUAACACUGCUGUAGGAUCAUCGGCUGUUGGAAUUGCAGGGUUUAAUGGAGGGUCUAUUGAAGCAUAUGAUACCAGCCAUGGAGAUAGUCCUUCUGCUGGAUCAGGAGGAUCCACUGAUAUAAGAUUUAGAAAAAAUUCUUCACACAACCCCACCAUUUAUGAUCGAAUCAUGGUAGCAGGUGGUGGUGGGAGCAGUGGUAGUUAUGUUCGUGCUGGUCUUGGUGGCCACGGGGGUGGAAUCAAUGGGACAUUUGGAAAUAUAUCAUCUGAUUCACCUCUUCCUUUGGUCAAAGGUGCAACACAAACAACCGGAAAUCAAAUUCUCCAAGGAGGAAAAGGACAAGAUGGAGCUUCUGCAAGUGGGAGCGGAGGUGGAGGAUAUUAUGGUGGACUAGGUGGUGCUAUUUUUUAUCCUGAUGAAUAUACGUCAGGAGGGAGUGGAGGAAGUUCUUAUAUAAGUGGUCAUCCAGGUUGUGUUGCAAUGGAUGAUCAAGGAAGAGCAUUGGGAACUAGCAUACACCCUUCUGGUUUGUUCUUCAAAAAUACGUUCACAAUUCAAGGGAACUCUGAAAUGCCUGCCUCGAACGUGAUUGAUGGUUUUGAAGAACUGGGACAUGUCGGAAACGGUUUCGUUCGUAUUACUAUAUUGAGUGAUUUGAAUAAGUGCUCUUGCAAUACAAUAGUAUAUAACAUACGUCUAUUUCUAUCCCUUCUUGAAUUCAUUUUCAUCAGUGAAUAA